GAUUAUAAAUCUAAUCCUACUGUAGCAGUAUUAAAGAUAGGAUCUUCAUCUUAUGAAUGGUCUAUCCCAAGUAGUGAUGAAAAUCUCAUCCACCCUUAUAUGGUCAUUCGGCAACGAUAUACAUAA